CACAUGGACAAUUCGUUGAGGGUAAAGCGACUUUGUGUUGAGUAGAAAGUGUGAUCUUUCGAUAUUCUUCUCCGAUAUACCAGUGGCAGUUUGAAUUGUAUUAUGGUUUCUUCCUUGUAGUAAACGAACUGAGGUAAGUGUGGGGUAAUUACAGCGGCAAACAUUUUACAAUUUUCCGGUUAAAAUGGCGAACGGGAUCCAGGUAGAAACCGUCGUGCUAUGCGGGCGUGCCAAGUUGAGCGAGAACUAGUUUCACGGUAUUCUCCGACCAUUUAAAUUCUUAUGGAUGGUGAUGAAGGUGCAAUCCAUACGCUUUACGUUCCUAAGCUGCAUACAGAUUUAAGAUAGAGGUUUAACAAAUGCAUCUCUGCAAACAUCUGGUUCUUUUUCAGAUGUCUUUAAAAGAAACUUCUUAAUGAGACUCGUUCUCUCGAUGUUUAAAUUCUCUGACAGUUCUCAAGCAUGAUGAAUUGCAUUAACUUAACCAUCUUUCGGGACAGAAUAAUUUUGUUGAGGUGCAUUAUCUGACUUGAGAAUUACUGAAGGUAGUAGACAUCUCCCUGUACAUUCUAAAGCAGUUUGUAACCCUUGCACAUAAUACUAUUCUUCCAGCCUGAAGUACUUAUUGAGAACAACAGACUUCCUCCUCUUGCUUCUUGGAAAUGUCGGACAUGGAUGAUGAUUUCAUGUGUGAUGAUGAUGAAGAUUAUGACCUGGAGUACUCUGAAGACAGUGCCUCCGAGCCUGAUGUGGAUUUGGAAAACCAGUACUACAAUUCAAAAGCCUUGAAAGAAGAUGAUCCUAAUGCCUCAUUGCAAAGCUUUCAGAAGGUUUUGGAUCUUGAAACAGAAAAAGGUGAAUGGGGAUUCAAAGCACUGAAACAAAUGAUCAAGAUCAACUUCAAGCUGGGCCAUUAUGAUGAGAUGAUGACCCGCUAUCAGCAGUUGCUCACAUACAUAAAGAGUGCUGUCACAAGGAACCACUCUGAAAAGUCUAUUAAUUCCAUCCUGGAUUACAUUUCGACUUCAAAGCAAAUGGAGUUGCUACAGAAUUUCUACGAGACCACACUGGAAGCCUUGAAAGAUGCAAAGAAUGACAGACUGUGGUUUAAGACAAACACAAAGCUAGGAAAGUUGUACUUUGACAGAGGGGAAUUCACCAAGCUGGCAAAAAUCCUGAAACAACUGCAUCAGUCUUGUCAGACAGAUGAAGGAGAAGAUGAUUUGAAGAAGGGAACUCAAUUGCUAGAAAUUUAUGCUCUGGAGAUCCAGAUGUACACAGCUCAAAAAAAUAACAAGAAGCUUAAAGCUUUGUAUGAACAGUCCCUUCACAUCAAAUCUGCUAUUCCACAUCCACUUAUUAUGGGGGUGAUCAGGGAGUGUGGCGGGAAGAUGCACUUACGGGAGGGAGACUAUGGAGCAGCUCACACUGAUUUCUUUGAGGCUUUUAAGAACUAUGAUGAGUCUGGAAGUGGAAGGCGCACAACUUGCCUGAAAUACCUUGUCCUGGCCAACAUGCUUAUGAAAUCUGGUAUCAACCCUUUUGACUCUCAGGAAGCAAAACCUUACAAAAAUGACCCAGAGAUUCUAGCCAUGACAAAUCUCGUCAGUGCUUACCAGAAUGAUGAUAUCAAUGAGUUUGAGAAAAUUCUCAAAACCAACCGCAAGAACAUAAUGGAUGAUCCCUUUAUCAGGGAACACAUCGAAGAUCUCUUAAGAAACAUCAGGACACAAGUGCUUAUCAAGCUGAUUAAGCCAUACACACGGAUCCACAUUCCAUUUAUAUCCAAAGAGUUGAACAUUGAUACAGAAGAAGUGGAAAGCCUUCUGGUACAAUGUAUACUUGACAAUACCAUUCAUGGCCGCAUUGAUCAGGUAAAUCAACUUCUUGAACUGAACAGAACAACACAGAGUGUUGAUAGGUUCCAGGGACUGGAUAGGUGGACCACACAGUUAAAUUCGCUUCACACUACAGUCGUAAACAAGAUUGCCUAAGCAGCCAUUUACAUAAUCAACAGUCAAACAGACAAGUAACUGUUAAGCAGGUGCCAUAAAUCUUGCUGUAAAUGUGAGCUUCUUGGACACAUGUCUGUUGUUAAUAAAUGAAGGUUUGUGUGGUGAUUCCAAGUUAGAAGGCUCUAUUUUUAGGGUUUUUUUUUUUCUUUUUUUUCUUU